AUGAAGAACAAUACCAGCAAUACCAAGCUAAUUCUCCUCCAUCCUUACAUCCAAAAACAAGGAAGUUCCAGCAAGUUAUGGCUUCUCGCUUUCAUUUCCUUCUUCACCAUAGCUUUCCUUCUCACUCUCCCUGGUUUGGAUCGUGGUGGAAGCCGGCGGAGUCAGCAACGAAAUGGCGUAGCUCAUAGCGAAAUCCGAAUAGUAAGAGACAUGAAAUUGGAUGGAAUUGUUAUGUUUGCUGAUGAUAGUAAUGUGCAUAACAUGGAAUUGUUCGAUGAAAUCCAAAACUUGAAAUGGUUUGGGGCAGUUUCAAUUGGAAUGCUUGUAAAGACGGCUAAUGCCGAUGAGACGGCUGACCGAAAGAACAAUGAAGAGGACAAUUAUCUAUUUCCGGUUCAAGGACCGAUCUGUAACGCACCCGGCAUGUUGAUCGGAUGGCAUGCAGGGAAAACUGGUGUUCAUAUUGGUGAUAGAGCAACCGUGUCACCUAGGAAGUUCGAGUGGUCCGGAUUUGUUUUGAAUUCGAGGUUGCUUUGGAAAGAUGGGGGAGAAAACCCGGAUUGGAUCAAGGAUAUCGAUACGUUGGAUGGUGAUAUCGACAAUCCGUUGGGUUUGAUUAAAGACCAUUCGAUGAUGGAACCACUCGGAAGCUGCGGACGUCGAGUUUUGGUGUGGUGGCUUCGAGUCGAAGCUCAUGCCGAUAGCAAAUUCCCUCCUAGGUGA